UAGCAUUCAAACAGCAAUAUCAUGCUGGUGCAUGUCCUACGAGAGUACAAUGUCAAUAAAAUAUUUCUGUCACACUUGGGUCUUUGGCCGUUACAAAAUAAAUUUGUAAAAAGUUUAUUACCGAUUUUAUUUCUUGUGAUUCACAUGAGUAACUUUCCAUUCGAGGUAAGGCGUCUCUAUAGUACACGUAUUUUAAUUUACAUGAAUUUAAGUUGUGCACAAAAUGUAAUUCUAAUAUUGUAUAUCUUUUUAAGUAUAUGAUAUAUAUUUAAUAAUUUAAAUUAUUAUUACAAUUAGAUAUUAAUGUUAUAUGAUUAUUGGAAAGAUAAACAAUUGAUUUUUGAAACUUUUCAUUACAUUAUCGCACUAAUAAUAUUUAUCGUUAAGUUAUUUAAUGAGUUUUGGAAUUAUGACAAGGUACAAAGCUUAUAUCAAGCUAUGGAAAACCAUUGGAAUAUAUUUACAAAUGAAUUUGAAGUGUGUAUUCUUAAAGACUAUACUAGUCAAUCACGAAAAAUUAUAAUAAUUUAUUCGAUUAUGAUGUAUGUAGCGUUAACAAUAUAUUUAAUGCCUCCAUUUAUACCAAUAUUAUUCGAUCUCAUAUGGCCUCUUAACGAGUCACGACCGCGAGUCUUCUCACUGUCAAUAAAAUGGAGAAUAGAUAUGGACAAGUAUUACGUACCGAUAGUUUGCUACAAUUCAAUUACCAUUAUGACGGGUAUAAUUAUUAUGAUUGGUGUCGACAGUAUAUAUAUUAGCCGUACUUUUCAUGCUUGUAGUUUAUUUUCAAUUGUUAGUCAACAAUUGGAGAAGAUAAUGUCAAAAGCGGAUACCAAAAUGAAAGUGAGCCGAUACUGCGGAUGUUAUAUAAAUACAAAUGUUAACAGAUGCUGCGCGAAUGCAAUGUUUAAAUUGGCAUGCGAGCAUGUGAUAUACCAGGAAUACGUUAUGUGUUUAAAGAAAUAUCAGAUUGCUUUAGAAUUUGUCAAUAUAUUGAAUUCAAUGUAUCGAACGAUGACAUUAAUCUCGCUGGCAAUUAGUUGUGUGAUCUUAAGUCUGGGUGGAAUUCAACUUGUAUGUGUGUUGGAUCAAUUAGAAAAUGUAAUAAAAAAUGGUGUACUAAUUGUAGGUAUUUUACUGCAACUUUUGCUCAUUUGUUAUCCUGGUCAAAAGUUGUUAGAUGAGACUGAAAAUGUGUUCUACAAAAUAUACGCUGUAAAAUGGUAUGCAUUUCCAUUGAAAUUAAAAUCUCUGUUGAUUAUAUCUCUUCGUAAAAGCUCUAUACCUUGCGGCUUAACAGCUGGUAACUUAUUUUCAUUAUCAAUGGUGACGUAUGGUACGGUAAGCACUAGAAUUCAGAAUUUUGUACUUGCGAUGUAUAGAAAACAACUUAUAUAUACCUUUUUAUUUUAUUUAAGAUGGUGCGAGCAGGAAUAUCCUACUUCACGACAUUUUUAUCAUUAAAAGAUUAAAUAAUUCCGUAUAUUUUAUAGUCUUUCUUCUUAAUUCUGGAUCAAGAUAUUUAAAUUAUUGUUGAUAUUGUGAAAGUUCCCUCAAGAACUUACAAUUAGAUUUUGAUUUGUCACAAAAACACUUUAAGAACGAUUGUACUUAUAUUUAUAUUCCAGCACAUUUCACAUUAAUAAAGUAAAUGUAAUUAAAAUAAGAGUUCUCGAAAUGUGUUGUAUUCACAUUAUAUUCAUAAUUUUCAAUUCUUUAAUUAAUUUCUUAUAUAAUAAAACUGAGGUAUACGUGAGACGAGAAUGAGAGAAACCAGAAUCGAACUUGGGAUCCGCCGACUAUGGCACGAAUCGAUUACUCUUACACAUAACUUUGUAUUAAUAUUUGUAACCGGAAAAAUUGAUCUAUAAAAUGACAAGACAGAGCAGGAAA